AUGAAACCAACGCACAAGACAAAAAAGCGGACACGCAAGGUUGUCGGCGUGGAGAUGCAACUUUCCUCCCGCCCCGCCACGGCCGCGGCUCGUGCCGCAGCUCGCCGCCCCACUCGCCGCGCCCGCCGCGCCCGCACCGAGCUCACCGCCCCACUCCCGUCCCGAGCUUGUCGCGCCCGCGCCGAGCUCGCCGCCCCACUCCCAUCCCGAGCUCGCCGCCCCGCUCCCGCCCCGAGCUCACCGCCCCACUCCCGUCCCGAGCUCGCCGCGUCCGCCCCGAGCUCGCCGCCCCACUCCCGUCUCGAGCUCGCCGCGCCCGGCCCCGAGCUCGCCGCCCCGCUCCCGCCCCGAGCUCGCCGCCCCCUCCCUCCCCCGAGCUCGCCGCGCCCGGUCCGUGCUCGCCUCGCCCGGCCACGAGCUUGCCACCCCGCUCCCGCCCCGAGCUCGCCGCCUCGCUCGCCGUGCAGCCCCGAGCCCGCCGCCCCACUCGCCGCGCUCGGGCCUCCCUCCCUGAGCUCGCCACGCCCAGCCAAUGAACUGCUGCUGCUGUGGCCGCGGGCGAUGCGGGAGGUCGCCUUCGAAGUCGAGGACGCCGUCGACGAGGCUUAG